AUGGGAAAUGUACGAUCUUUAUUAAUAAUUUCAUUGGGGUUUCUCAUAUACCUGUUCGAAUUCUCCGUAUCUGAUCCGGAUUCCAGCCACAAUUGUCCCAAAACCAACACGUCUUUACUUCAUUUCACAAGCCAGUUCGUUAUGUCUCAGCAUCAGCUAAGAGGGUAUUUUAGUAUAAUUGAUGAUUGUUCUUUUAAGGUUAGCAAAUUCGAUAUGCUCUCUGGGGGGUCUGAUGUUUAUUGGUGGGGUGCUGUUGGUGAUAAUUAUGAGAAUUUAACAUCUGGGUUUGUUAUCUCUGAUGAAAAACUCAACACAAGCACUUAUAAAAAUGAUAGCUUUAAUGUUACUUUGAUGAGUAAUGUUACUUGGGAUGAUAUCAGGGUCGUAUCUGUUUGGAAGAAAUCAAUGGCUUCUGAUUUCGGGCAUUUGGUGUUGAAGGAAAUGACUGAAUCCCCCUCCCCCUCCCCCUCCCCCUCCCCUGCUCCUGCCCCUGCCCCAUCAACCAUUAAUUUUACUGGGAGUUCUGUUGUUGAGUUUGAUGGAGAGCCUACUAUGUUUGAUAAUUGUAAAGUUUUAUCAGACACUUAUAGGUUAAGGUGGACAUUGAGAGAAGAUGAUAAUGUGAUUGAUAUCGGGCUUGAGGGGGCAAUUGAUAUUGGAAACUAUAUGGCUUUUGGAUGGGCAGAUCCGUCCAACAAAAAAGAUUAUAUGCUUGGUGCUGACGUGGCAGUGACUGGUUUUACUGAAGAGGGAAUGCCUUUUGUGGAUGAUUAUCAUAUCACUAAGUAUAGUGCAUGUAUGAAAAACAAGAAUGGUAGAGCUGAAGGUGUUUGUCCAGACAUCAUGUAUCAUAAUGAUAAUAAGGUCAACAACACAAUAUUGGUUUAUGGACAUAGGAAAGAUGGUGUCUCAUUUAUUCGAUAUCAAAGACCAAUAAAAUCUAUUGACAAAAACUACGAUUGGGAUGUAGAUCUAAAAAAGAACAUGACAUGUAUAUGGGCUUUAGGUUCAAUCAGGCCACCUGAUUCCAUCCAACCUCUUUACCUUCCUGAAAACCAUGGCAAGACUUAUGGUCAUGUUGAUGUCAAUAUUUCAGAGAGUGUCAACGAAUGCUCGGGCCCACUUGAUGCCAACAACAAACAAGAUCAAGAUCUUUUAAUCGCCGAAAAAAACGAGCCACUAGUUGUAACUUUAGGUCCAGCUUUACAUUACCCAAAUCCACCAAACCCUUCUAAGGUUCUUUACAUUAACAAGAAAGAAUCACCUCUUUUGAGAAUCGAAAGGGGUGUUCCUGUAAAGUUCUCAAUACAAGCUGGUCAUAAUGUGGCAUUUUACAUCACUUCUGAUCCAAUUGGUGGAAAUGCAAUGAGUAGAAAUGUAUCAGAAACGGUUUAUGCAGGUGGACAAAUGGCACAUGGAGUACAAUCAAAGCCGGAAGAGUUAGAAUGGUCACCCGAUCGAAAUAUUCCUAAUGAAAUCUACUAUCAAUCUCUUUACACCCCAAAAAUGGGGUGGAAAAUAGAAGUUGUAGAUGGAGGGCUUAGUGAUAUGUAUAACAAUAGUGUUUUAUUAGAUGAUCAACAAGUUACAUUCUAUUGGACACUUUCAAAGAAGUCGAUAUCUAUUGCAGCUAGAAGUGAGAAGAAAACGGGGUAUCUUGCUAUUGGGUUUGGAGAAAAAAUGAAGAAUAGUUUCGCGUAUGUGGGAUGGGUUGAUGGAAAUGGAACUGGACGUGUGAAUACGUAUUGGAUUGAUGGAAAUAACGUGCAAAGUAUACAUCCCACCAAUGAAAACUUGACAUAUGUAAGAUGCAAAAGUGAACAAGGAAUCAUAACUCUAGAAUUCUCCCGACCUUUGAAGCCAGAAUGUGAUGGAGAUAAAAAGGUGGAAUGUAAAAACAUUGUGGAGCCCACGUCUCUUCUUAAAGUGAUAUGGGCAAUGGGGGCAAAAUGGUCUGCAGAUAAUUUGACUGAUAGUAAUAUGCAUUCAAGCACAAGUAGUAAAGCUGUUAGGGUUUCACUUUUACGUGGUUCGGCUGAAGCUGAUGAGGAUUUAAAACCUGUUUUAGCUGUGCAUGGUUUCAUGAUGUUUCUUGCAUGGGGUAUGUUUCUGCCAGGUGGCGUAUUGGCUGCUCGAUAUAUGAAAAAUUUUAAUGGAGAUUUCUGGUUCAAGAUUCAUGUUUAUUCACAGUGUUCAGGGUUGACAAUUACUUUCCUUGGGAUUCUUUUUGCUGCAGCUGAAGUUCGGGGUUUACAUCUUCACUCAUUACAUGUCAAAUUUGGAAUCUUGACCUUAAUAUUGGGUUUUAUACAACCGAUUAACGCGUACUUUAGACCUAAAGAAGCUCCUGAUGGUGAACAACCGUUGCGCCAAAGGGUAGUUUGGGAAUAUAUGCAUGGUUAUGCUGGAAAAUUGGCUGUUUGUAUUGGGGUUAUUUCUAUUUUUACUGGGUUGAAGCAUUUAGGGGAUAGGUAUAAUGCUGAAAAUGUUAAGGGGUUGACUUGUGCUUUGGUGAUUUGGGUUUUGGUGGGUGUUGUUAGUGUUUUAUACUUGGAAUAUGUUCGGGGAAGGAGUGUAAGAGAGAGAAGUGGAGGGAGAGGUAAUUUUGUUUUGGGUGAUGGUGAAGAUGAGGAAACUGAUCUUUUAAGUCCAAGCACGAUAGAUGAAGGAAAUAUGGAAAGAAUUAUGGGUUCUUCAGUAAGAAAGGAAAUUCAGCUGGAACCUUUGGGCAGAUAG